AGCGGGACAAUUGUAGCGUAAGUUACACAUGCACGAAAAUGGUGCUGGAGGAUUCUGUAUUGGAUGAGCAGCUCGCAGAAAUGAUAACAUUCGAACUAGGACUAGAUAUGACAUCCUUAGAUUCAAAUUUCUGUCCAAACUCAUUGACAAAUCCUUCACCUAUCAACUUUUACUUACAAUAUUUAGGGCUUUAUUUAAUAAAGUCUGACUUGGUCAGCGCAAAGUUUCUGUACAAAAGAAUGCCUUCCAGUAUGAAAGAAAAUCCCUCUAUCAAGUGUUUAUGGAGCCUUGGUCGCCUGCUAUGGCGAAACGAUGUUAAAUCGUUCUUCUCGUCUAUUUCCCUAAUCUUGUCAGACCAAGACAACCUGAUAUUCUUGUUCAAAUGGUGAAACAGAUACGUGAAAAACAGCUGAAUUCUACCAUAAGUCUUGUUGCUCGAGCGUAUUCAUCCGUAUCUGUGGAGUUCCUGCGCAAUAAAUUGGGCUUACUAUCUGAAGAUAUUGACGAACAUUUUCUUUCAAAAGGCUGGGAAAUGUCUCAAGAUGGUCGUUUUAUUUCCCGCUCUGGAGAUAUGAUAGAAGAAAAAGAUAAGAUAUCCUUAGAAAAUGAAACUGUAAAUAGUGAUCUCAUGAGCAAGCUAUCAGAAUUUAUGUGUUUUAUGGAAAAUCAUUAAACAAUAAAAGUCAUAAAAUUUAAUCUGACUUCUUACUAAAUUUUUGAAAAUUUUACUUCAUGGUAACUUUUUUGAUUUAAGGUGGGAAAUGGUGGACGUUACAGACAAAGACUUCCACCACUGUCUGCGAUCUGGGAUGAUAUCCUCACUGUGUUGUCCUGAGUGUGGAUUUAACACCACGUCAGCAUUCGACCUUCGGAAGCAUAUUAUGACUUUCCAUCUGGAGUCAUCAAGUCGUUCUUUGGAGCUACACGUUUUUACGUGCUCAGUUUGUGGUGUAUCAACAACCGACCAAGUUCAAAUAAAAGAUCAUCUUCAGAUACUUCAUUCCAAUGAUCUUAAGCCAACCAUUAUGGCACAACGUAUUGUAUUGGGCAUUUGUGGUGCGGAUGAUUUCCACUGUUCCAGUGAAUCUGAUUGUGAAUGUGACGAAGCCAUAUCUAAUGCAUCUGCAGAAAGAAAGGAUCGUAAUUCAAGAAGCCUAUCAUCUACUUUAACUAAUGAGAAGUCAAGUUCCAAAGUGACGUACAGUUUAUCUUCCCUAUCUACAAAUGGAAUUAUGACUCCAGAUUCUAACCAAAAGUUGGCUGUUUCUCCAAAAUCUGAUCAAAAUUCUCCUGGCAAACAAUCUCGUGCAGUUUGGCAAGAUUGGUCAAAGUUAAUCACACGAUCUGAUAAAAAGUUCAUCUGUUUAGUGUGCAAACGAUUUAUUUAUAGCGGUCGUACUGAGGUCGUUUUUCAUGCUGUCACAAGACAUCUGCUUGCAAAGGAAAUCGAGAGUGACUUGUCCCAGUAUGGACGACUGACAGAACAAGGGAAAAGACAAAUAGGCCGAUAUUUCUCUGAUGGCAUGCGUAUACGUUCUGGUGUACAUUACAAAGAUGCUAAACGCGUCGAAGCUGCUCUUUUUCGUUCUAUUGAACUGCAUCUUCGUUACCAGCCAAUAUCCUCAAGUGAAGAUGGCCCAGAGAAACCAACUAGUUACAUUUGUUCUGGUUGCAAUGCUAGUUUUAGUGAAUUGCAGGUUGCGUAUGCACAUGUCAAUGAUGAAUUACGGGCUUUUCUUCCAGAGUUUAUGCGUGCUCGUUCAUGUCCUUGGUCACUUAGCACACGAGAAGAAUGGGUGUGGAUAGUUCCUGAUCUACCAGUCAAACCUUUACCUGGAAAAUCAGUUGUUGUUAGCAAUAACAGUGAAUCCAAUAAUCAGAAUAACAAUACUCCUAAUGCACAGACACCUGUAGUUCUUACUGAUCGUAUCUUUAAAAUAGAACAACCGGAGAAUAAUUCGACACAGUCAGCUAGACUAAGUGCUACCACAACUACUCCUGCUAUAACUAUUACUGUUGCCAAUAGCAGUAACAACAACAAUAAUAAUCGAAUCGAUAGUACUGAAUGCAUUACUAUACCUACCAUUUCACCUUGUUCACUAACAACAGUUUCCGGAUUCCUGCCAGUUCCAAUUAUGUCUAUUCAUCCUGGUUCUACAUUCAGUUUUGCAGGUCCUACACUGGAAUUCACUCCACAAACCUUACAACCAAGCCAAUCCAUUAUACCUAUUAGUUGUAUACUAACAACUAAUCCAUUAUCUUGAAUUCAUGCACAUUUUAUAUCUGCAUUUAUCUAGCUAUCUGAAGGCAUUAUUAGUCAUUUGGGUUGGUUAACCGGUUCGCUGAAUUCUCUAUACACUAAGUAUAGCCAAAAUACCAAAUGUCAGAGAGAGAGAGAGAGAGUUACCAUUGUUCAUUUAAUAUUUUUUGUUUUAUUUCCUUUGUGCAUUUUAACUUUAUCUCGAAAAUUGUAAUCCCUUAAACUGCUAUAUUUUCCUUUUUGUCUAGUUUUUGCUUCUUUUCACUCAACUAACUAUACAGCACAACAAUUUUUGUGUGUAAUAUGUUGACUUUAUUUACUUAUUUAUUUUUUUGUAAAAUUUCAUUUAUGACUUUGUCAGUCAUGACAUUUCGUACACAUUUAUUGUGCUAUGUACUUCCUAAUAUUUACAAAUAUUCAUUUCCAUUAGUAAGAAGAAAGUAGCUGUCACACAAUGCGAAAAGUAAGCUCCAUAAAUUGUUGCGGUACACUGGUUUAAAUGUUGAGGAUGAUGAUGAUGAUGAUGAUGACGGCAGUUGUCAUUCAAACACAACAUAUUGGUUUUAUUCUUGACUUUAUAGUGACUACUUGUAGUUGUGUGUAGUUGUCCAACUGACUUUAUAUGAAUUAUAUUUCUUUUUUUCUUUUCAGAGUACAAUAAUACUUAGAUGUUUUCUCAUUAUCUCUCAUAAUCUUCGUAUAAUUUGCUGAACGUUAAUACAAACAUAGUGUUUGAAACAA